AUGGCGCCAGUGUGCGCUAUGGCGGAGGACUCAGUAAACAAUACAGUGCUUGUCCUCAAUCAAGCACAGCGUCCGCUAGGGCGUCUUUUGAGUCCCGCUUGUGAUUAUUUGCGAGGCUGCGGUAUUCCUCCUAGCCAGGACAGCAGCGUCACAGUUGUUGACGUUGGCGGCGGCUUUGGCCAUGAACUAAGUCUCUUUGCCGAGAAGAGCACACGCAAGCCUGGAAGACUCGUCUGUCAAGAUCAAGAAUCUGUUAUAGCUACCGUCCCGUCAGAGCUAGCUGUUGGGGUCGAAUUUGUCGCACACGACUUCUUUAGAGAACAGCCGGUGAGGGGUGCCCGAGCGUAUUUGCUUAAGCAUAUCUGCCAUGACUGGCCACAUGCUCUGGCACUCUCGAUCCUGAAAAAUAUCAAGGUUGCUAUGGAGCCUGGGUACUCCAAGAUGUUGAUUAUGGAUCUGGUGAUGCCGGAGGGAAAGGUGCCGCUGGCUGCUGCAGGACUUGAUGUCGCUAUGAUGACGGGCUUCUCUGGGACUGAGAGAGAAGAAAAACUAUGGAUGGAAUUAGUGGAGGAUGCAGAACUGAGCGUGAGGAAAAUCUGGAAGGGGCAGGAUGGAGAUGGACUAUUAGAGGUUGUUCUGGAAGAAGACAAAGACGACAUAACUACAAAGCCUAGACUGGCAAUAGCGGGUUGA